GAGGAGACAUGUAAAGUAUGGUCCACCACAAUAACCUAUUACUAUUUUCAUGUAUGAAGGUAAUGCUGGCGUAGGAUGAGAAAACAGAUGUUUAAAAUAAAGAAGAUGUGGUUAAGCAGCAAGCUGAAAGCUGAUUUAUAGGACGACUUUCUUAAGCAAUCUCAGAUAAUCUCCUCCAGUAUGUCAAGAAAACGCCCCACGGAGGUUUCCUGGGAUAGUGAUGAUGACCUCUUACAAGAUGAUUUAUCUGGAAUUAAUGCAUUCCCUCACUCAAAGAAGGAGGAGACUGAGGAAGAAUUAGACGAGGAUGCUUUGUUAGGAAGUGAUGAUGAGGCCACUGAUAAACAGGUUAACACCAGUGACAUGUGUGACUCUGCCAAUGCUGAUAUGUCCACAAGUGAUGCAGGAAACACAACAUUUGGAGUUCCAGAGACGGUUGAUUAUGAAUUUGCUGAUGUCUCCCAGGAGCUUGGUGAGGAUGUACUGGUCAUAGAGCCUGAAGUAGACUCCAGUCUCCUGAAUGACACCCAGGAGGAAGGUGACCAACUGGAAGAAGACGUUGAUUACAGGGAAGGGGAAUUUGAUGGGGGAUCUGAGCUAGAUUCUACAGCUGACACACAACCCGGCCUGGAUACCACAGAUGGUGAUGUGGGUGCGGAUGAGGGUGAGGGCUCCAGCAGUGAGAGCGAGAGUGACGGGGAGGGAGGUAGAGCACGCUUCAAGUCUGAGAGAGCAGCUAUUGUCUCCUUAAGUCAGUCCAAGUCCAGGACGGAUAUCCCUGAUACUUUAGAGAUAAGUGAGGAACAGCAAGCUACUAUUGAUGAGUUUUUGACAAAAGAUGGGCGUAAGAAAAAGCAGCGAGGAGGCUUUCAACGUGGAGAUCAGGCCCAUGCCCUGCCAUCACGUGGGCUGGCACCAGGCCCAAUGCAGCCGUUGCUGAGUAACUCCCCUCAACGGGGUAUGAGUAGUCUCCCCCUGGGCAGACCUCACCAUCAGCUUCGUCCUGACCAAAGCCACCUGAAUGGCUCCAAGACAGGAGUUUAUGACUCACCACCCAAGCCAGCCGGCCCUCUGAUAAUCAGCCAUUCUUUGGCUCCUCCUGCAAGCCAGGCAUAUCGCCAGGGCAGCGUGAUCCAGCCCAUCCAGUUUGGGCUACUACCACCACCCCGUCAGACAUUCUCCAGUUCUCCUGGCUCCUCACAGGGGCAUUCAGCUCAGUUUACAGGCCCCACGCCCAUUCUCACAACAACAACAACCAACAGCGGCAGCCACAGUCAGCAUGGUCAGCCAGUUCCAGCAGGCCCAAAUGCAGAACAGAGGCAAAGGCAACAACAACAAUAUUACCUUGGUAAAUGCCGCUCCUCCAGAAACGCCUGUCUGGGGGAGGUGAUCACUGGUUCCUCUCCUCCAAAAGUGUCACGGAAAACAGAACGCAAGAAUGUGAAAGAUCGUCUUCAGCUUCCCAGUAAGCAAAAACAGACUGACAUUCAAAUACAACAACAACAACCACCACCAUCUGAGCAUCCUGCCCCGGUCAUACAGCCCAAAGAGCCAGAGGAAGCGCUGGAUGAAGAGACAAGACUUCUUAAUGAGAAGAUAGAGGAACAGAAGAGGCUGAGGGCAGAGAUCAUCAAACGGAAAGAGGCCCGCCGCUUGCAGCAAGCUAAACAACGGCGCCUUGAGCUUCAGAAAAAACUAGCAGAACAGGGAAUGACUCUGAGUGACGUGGACGCAAGUAGUGAUAACUCCUCGCCACAAAAACAGGCCCAUGCUGAACCAGAUGCCCUGCAGCAGCCAGCUCCACAGAAGGUAUUUGUCCCCACGAAGAUGGCUGCCAGUAAAACAGGCCAGAUGAUAGCCACAAAGCGUCAGGGUGGCAGCAUGGGCACAGUGCAGACAUUUCAAAAGGAGCCACCGUCUAAAGUUCCCAGGCAGAUGUCACAACCUCUUCAACAGGGUCAAGGACAGAUGGGAACUCAGCCAAACCGCUCAGGGCAUCAGCCUGGCACCCAAGGCAGGUUCUCUAGACAGAACAGUAGGGGCCAGGGUGGCUUUGUGCGGGGUCAGAGAGGAAUGAGAAGAGGUGCAGUGACCAGACAAAUGAGCGGAGGAAAUGUUGGCCAGACACAACUCACCCCAAGUCAGCUUCAGGCUCGUCAAGUAAAAUUGGAGCAAAGUUCUCAAGUGUUUGAAAACCAAGCAAACCGGAAUGUUGUCUCUUUAACUGAACAAGACCACGGUAGAGCAAGUCGAGGUCAUGUUGUGAAAGGGCAAGGUCCUGUAAGAGGUCGAGGUCAAAUGAAUAGAGGUCAGUUUGGAAAAAGUCGUGGAGGUCACCUGCCAUUGAGGGGACGUGGUCAGACAGUGUCACGAGGACAGGGUCAUUCUGUACAGCGAGGACCUGGACAUGGUGUCCAGCAGCAGACAUCCGGUGGACAAGGAGAGAGGACAGUAAUGGCCAGAAGUAUGAGCGGUAACAACAUUGUGCUGGGAGAGAGUCAGACCACACAAGCCGAUACAGCUGCAAACCGGAGAGUUGUAGUUGGGCCAAAUGUGAAUAAAGGAGGCUCUAGUCAGUUUAUCUCCAUUGAUAAUUUGUCCAAGUCAACCACACAGCAGAAACUCUAUCAGCUUUGCAGAACAGUCGGCCCUGUGGAGAAUGUCCAGUUGUUGCAGUCCCAGAACAAGGCUAUAGUUAAGUUUCAAAACCCUGGCCAUGGUCAUAAGUUUGCCCAGAAGUAUGACAGGCACCUGUUGGACUUGUCCUCCAUUAGAAUCUCCACACUGCCGUCCUGAGCCCUGAUUUGUGCCUGGGGGGCUCUAAAGGGGUUUUCUGAGAUCAACUGGUGAAAGGGGUCGUAUAACACCUCUCCAAUACAGGUGGUAUUCUUCUGUUUUGGUAUGCAGUGUAUGGCAUUUCCAAGCUGUAAAGUCAUAGUGGCUUUUGUUAGGUGACAUUCCCAAGAAUGUCACUUACAAGGUUCUGGGCUUCAUGUAGUUCCAGUAGCAUUACUGUACAACAUUGUAUCAUAGUUGUGCAACAUUGUAUCAUAGUUGUACAACAUUGUAUCAUAGUUGUAUCUGUAUGAUUGACAUGUCCAUGACUAGGGUGGAGUUGUAGACCAUCAUCAUCUGCUAGAUGACAUGUUACAAGCAAAUCCAGGCACAGUUUGUUGAGUAACAACAGUGUUUCAGGGACAGAACUACCAGUGACUGCACAGAACAACUGGAAACAUUGCAGAACUAUUGGAUCACUGCUAGAGACAGCUUAAAGCUACAGGAUUACCCAUGGAAAUCUAGGUGCAGCCUUGAGGACAUAAUUGACUUGAAUGGCUCGUGUGUAGCAGGUUGUGUUUAUGGAGAACAACUGUACCAGUAGAUUAAGGUGUCUACACAUUAUGCUCAUGUGUCAGUUAUUGGUUGUCCCCCUUCACAGCCAUACGCACAUGCUGUACUACAGUGCCAGUUUCAGGAUGACAAGCCAGGAGUGUGUAGACAUGUAUACAGGACUGUGUAGACAUGUAUACAGGACUGUGUAGACAUGUAUGCAGGACUGGGAGUAUGAUGUAAACCUGCCAUGCGCUGUCACCUACGUGAAAACAUUUGUGUGUAGAAGUUAGGAUCAUGCUCACAUACCAGUAUUGGUGUUUUGUUUGAGUUACACCGAAGCACUCACGGUAUUGAUGAUGGGGUACGGGAGGGGGGCUGGGAAGCGAAAACUUUCAGCAUUUUUUUCCACAUUUUACUCAUAGGAAUAUUCUCAUAGUUGUCAAGUUUCAUUUAUUCACCAAAAAAUCAACUUUUCCAUAUCAAUUUAUUUUUGUCAUGAUUUUGAACACUGGGCUUGAUGUUGUCCUGAUAAACACUUUUAAAAAUGUUUUCUGUGGCAAAUUCAGUGUUGAGAUGCUUGAGGUAUUUGCUUAGUAAUGGAUGUAAGAUAUUUUUUUGGAGUCAGGCGGAGCUAUGCUCAGAACUAAUAAAGUUAUUUCUCCAUUUUUAAAUCUUCUUAGCUAAAAGAUGACCCAGGUUUUCAUAGAUUUCAACAAACCCAGUUUUGUUUGACAUUGCCAUGGGGUAUAUUGAUGGGACACACUGAUUUUGUUACUGCUGCUUUAUGUUACACAGAAUUUCAAAUAAGAAUUCUUGCGACUAAUGAAUUCUGAAAGAAAUAGGUGAAAAAAAUUACCUUCAGGCUAUGAGAAAUUUUUUCAACUUACACCACGUGUCAUUAUAACUCAGGGAAGAGAAUCUUUUCCAUCAAAAACUAGCUGACCCCUAUUAGUAAAACAAUUAGUUUUCGCCAUAUUGGCCAAACAUUUGAUAUUUUGAAAAUAUUUCUCUUAAAAUCAGCUGAUAAUUCUCAUUGCUGAUUGCAGAAAUGAAUGGGAAAACAAAAUUUAUAAAGUGUUAAGAACUUAUAUUGUAUUUCACCUGAAGAUAACUGUAAUAAUGUGCCUUCAGAAGUACAUAAAGGCCUACAGCGAUACUUUUGAUGCCAACACUAAUGCUUUUGUGAUCAGAAAUUAAUCAGAAUUAACAAAAAAACUAUCUGGCUAUCUGAUGUGUGUGAACCAAUCAGAAUCGAGCAAAAUGUGUCACCUGAAAAAGCUAACUGGCUAUCUGAUGUGUGUGAACCAAUCAGAAUCGAGCAAAAUGUGUCACCUGAAAAAGCUAAAUUUCGGGUGAAAUACAGCAAUUAAAAUUUCUGUCCCUCAACACGCACAUUUUAAUUCCACUUUUGCAGUGAGAACCUGAUAGGAAAAGCUUAUGAAAAUUUCUCGGGUUUUCUUUUAAAUGUUCAAGGGAUAGAAUAGGUGUUGCUAAAAACAAGAAGUGUCCCUUGUGCAGAGCAACUCCCUGCAUUUCAAUUCUAUUUAGGAAGUAAGUGUUUUAUCACAGGACAGAUCACUGCGUAUUUGAUUGAGCUGUAACAUGUGAAAAACAUAGGUCACAAGAAAAAGGAAAAGAAUACCAUCCACAACCAGAGUGACACCAUCAUCCCAGAGACAUACUUGCUGCAACAACAAAAACAAGUAGUUUGUUUUGAAAAAGGCUGUCCGUUGGCCUUUUAUAUAGUCUUAGGGACAAUCACCAGUAAGAUUUUCUUUAAGUUGCAAUAUUACAACAUCACAGUGAUGUUUGUGCCGUGAUGUGGACGUUUUAUGGCAUGGUAGGGCUUCUUUCUUACUUGUCAUUUUGUAUUGCGCUUAAUCUAUUUAAGAUGAACUGCAGCCAGACUUUUCAGAUUUCUGAUCAUUGUGCCAUCCAGUGCCACUGU